AUGGCUGCGGCACCAGACCGCAAAGCCAACAGCCUGAAGGCUGGCAAGCUGCGAUUGUGUCUGCUGGGCGUUGAGCAGCCGGCCUGGACCGCGGAUUUGGCGGCCGAGCCCCUGCUGACUCAUAAGUUUACGCCCAAGCAAGGGGCUGUCGUGUCCGCGGCGGGGGUGGCGGCAAUGGUAGAUUUGGAGGUGAUGGCCAUGGAGAUGGUGGCAGCUGUGGGGGUGGGGGUGGUGGAGAUUGCAGCUGCCGGCGGGGUGACCGUGGUGGAGGUGAAGGUGGUAGCUGUGGAGACAAAUCCCGUGGAGAUCGUGGCUGCCGUGGAGGCCGCCUUGGCCGCCUGGAUGAUGGAUCUGGAGACGAUGGUGGGGUUGGCUGUGGAGAUGAUGGGCGUGAUGGUGGGGGUGGCCGUGGAGAUGGUGAUGGUGGAGGUGACAGUGGUGGUGGUGAUGGUGGGGGUGGCAGUGGAGAUGGUGAUGGUGGGGGUGGCCGUGGAGAUGGUGAUGGUGGGGGUGGCAGUGGUGGUGGUGAUGGUGGGGGUGGGGGUGGGGGUGGUGGAGAUUGCAGCUGGCGGCGGGGUGACCGUGGUGGGAGGUGAGGUGGUAGCUGUGGAGACAAAUCCCGUGGAGAUCGUGGCUGCCGUGGAGGCCGCCUUGGCCGCCUGGAUGAUGGAUCUGGAGACGAUGGUGGGGUUGGCUGUGGAGAUGAUGGGCGUGAUGGUGGGGGUGGCCGUGGAGAUGGUGAUGGUGGAGGUGACAGUGGUGGUGGUGAUGGUGGGGGUGGCAGUGGAGAUGGUGAUGGUGGGGGUGGCCGUGGAGAUGGUGAUGGUGGGGGUGGCAGUGGUGGUGGUGAUGGUGGGGGUGGCCGUGGAGGUGGUGAUGGUGGGGGUGGUAGCUGUGGAGACAAAUCCCGUGGAGAUCGUGGCUGCCGUGGAAAUCGUGGCUGCCCUAGAGGAGGCCGCCUGGGCCGCCUGGAUGAUGGCUCUGGAGACGAUGGUGGGGUUGGCUGUGGAGACGGUGGUGGGGAUGGUUGGGGUGGCAGUGGUGGCGAUGGUGGGGGUGGCAGUGGUGGCGAUGGUGGGGGUGGCCGUGGAGAUGGUGAUGGUGGGGGUGGCCGUGGUGGUGGUGAUGGUGGAGGCGGCUGUGGAGAUGGUGAUGGUGGGGGUGGCCGAGGGG